AUGAAGAGAAAAAGAAGCAAUCAAAAUUUGAAUCUGCUGCAAUCAGAAAACCAAAGUGGAUCCCCCAAAAUUAGCAAGAGUGACAAGACGAAAAAGAAGAGGAAAAUUAAAAAAGCAGAGGACCUUCAGUUUGAGGCAGCUGAUGAACUCGCUGCUGUAGGUUCUCGUAGAAAAGAACACUUUGGGAAGCAAGAAAGAAAAAAACACAAACUAUCCAAAUCAGAUGAGGAUAUUGAAUUUCGCGGCCGUGAGGAAAUAAAAUUUGGUGACAUAGCAUUUAAGACAGCCCAAGAUGCUUGGAAAGAGAGGCUACGUCUCCAAGCAGUAGACGCCUACAGACAACGUAAAGGCUGGGCAUCGAGGCCUGGUGUUAAAAUUCUUCCGUCAAUAAUCACAUCAUCACUAUAG